AUCCUGAGGCCCUGUGCCCCCUAGCCAGGACAGGAGGGCUGGGUGUAGAGCUGGUGGGCCUUCCAGGAUCCCCAGGAUGGGAUGGGGGGAGCAGACCCUCAGUUUCCAAGCCAUUUCCUGCUCCAUUCUUGGCAUCCUCCCCCAUGCUGGCCACCUCCCCCCUGCUUUCUAGGAGAAGGGCCUGUGGGAGGGGGAUGGUGAGGCCUGGCUUGGGUGUGCACACGCACACACACUGAGUUAUGCAUAGUCACAUGGGUACACACACGCAUGCAAUAAUGCACAUACAGCACAUGUCCCUCACUAAUAUCCUGUUGCUCAUACCAUCCCUCACUUACUGCCCCCCAUCUCAUCUCCCCCAGACCCACCCAAGAACCAGCAAUUUGUCCCUAGUGCCCUGGCCUACGUGACACCUUUUAGUCCCUGGUUUAGACACCUAUGAGCACCUGCAAAACCCCUUUCCUCCCAUCCUGUGCACAGGUAACUCCCCUACUCCUGCCUCCACCCACCUAUGCCCAGUCCUUCCACACUGCCCUCUACCCACCCCCACCUGAGCCGAAGCCCAAGAAGGAGUAUGAGUUUUUGGGAGGAAGGACCAGGACAGGAGAGACAGCCAUGGGAGGGAGGAAGCAGCUCCAAGCCUCACAAUGCUGCCACCUGGGGAGGGGGCGAUUUAAGGCAAGAUCAGGGCCAGGAGAGCCAAGCCAGGGAGGGGCUGUGAUGGUUGAAGCCUCCAAGGAAGCAAUAAGGGGGGAAAGCAAGAAGAGAUGGAUGGGGGAAGAGUUUUUGGGGGGUGGGGAAAGGUAUUAGGAAAAGAGGAUAAAGUCCCAGAAGAGGUUCCCCAGGGGCAGGAGGAGGAUCAGCAACCCCUGAACUGCAGACCCAGCUCAGUGCUACAGACCACCCUGGUGGCUCCUCUUUGCCCAGGGUCCCACAGAAGAGGCAACCAAGCCUCAUAGAGGCUCAGGGAGCAGCAGAGAGAAGGAUCUACACAGGGGCUCCAUACCACACCAUACAAAGCCCCCAAAGGUUAAAAAAGAAAAAAAAAGGAGUAGACACUAGCCCAGCUGAACAAGAGCAGCAGGGUCACAAAGUCUCUAUGAGUGGGCUCCUUUUCACUGGAGGAGUCCAACUGGAAGUAGGGAAUGUGGGCUUCUCAGGACAGCAACUCAGAGAAAACCUGCUCCUUUCCUCCAGGCCCAAACUGCCCUGUUUAGGGAUCAACUCUCGGACUUGGCUUGGCUGCAAUAAAAACAAGACAGUGUGUGAUUAAGGGGGAUUUUGCACAGAGGAGGAGGGCAGAGAUGGGAGGGCUUGGGGGUGGAGGAUUUGGCAUGGGUGGUGGCCCAAAAGUGCUGUAUACUGCAGGCUGGCCUAGGGCAGAUGCCAGAGAAACAGAUCUGCCCAGCCAGCCUGGAGGAACCUUGGAGGCAGUGGUUUCCAGCUCCGCUGGUGGGGCGAAUGGGGCUACCCAGGGCUGAGGAUCCAAAGACAGACCCCAAGACAAUGGGUAGGAAUGGGGGGGGGCAGAAUCUGAGCACUGGCCUUGGUUUUUAAUCUGUAUCGCAAAUUCACACUGACUGCCCCAGCCUUCCAGUAUGUCUCAUGCCAGCCUCCCCUUGCCCCACCUUGCACCUGCCCUGCCUAGGUCCCUACCAGGCCCCACCCCACCUCCAGGCCUUUGCCUUUGCUGUUCCCCUGCCUGGUACACCUUCUCCUGUCUCUUCACAUGAUUGGUUUCUUCUCCUCCUUCAAACCUCUGCUUCCCAGUCUCCCCAUUAAUACCUCCUAGAGAGAACAUCACAGUUUGGACUCUUCUCCAUUGUCUCAUCUGUCAUCUGUGUUCCCAGGACACUGAGCACUCUGGGGCCAGGGUGGUGGUGGUGGUGGGAUGUGAAGGGUAACAUCCCUCUGGAGGUCAUCACAGUCAUUCCCCAAUGAAUGAAUCUGAAGGUUCACCACUUUCUAGCCAUGUGACCCUGGGUAAACUCUUACCACUCCAAGUCUGUUUCCUAUCUAUAAAAGGAGAAUGAUGAUUGUGGACCUCUCAGAGAUAUUUUGGAAAUAGAAUGCAAUGGUAUGAAAACGUUGGACCAAUAGCUGGUUUAUGGUGUCCUCGUCCCCUGCCUGUCCUCUUCCAGGAGUGCAGGAAAGAUUAGAUGGGGAGGAGGGUGCUGUUGAGUGAGAAAAUGCAUUUGGAAUCUUGGGGAGGGGUGCUUUGGCCAUCCUAGGGGCCUUGGCACUGGCUAAGAUGGACAGUGGGACCGGGCCCCUUCUCUGACCUGGCUCUCCCCUCCCAAGACCCCAGUGAUGCUGCCCAGGCUGUGAACAGGGGAGGUGGCACCGUGGGGGCUGCCGGCAGCCGGGGCUGGGGAGAGACAUGUGGACACGUGGCCUCUAUGGCUCCCGCCUGCCAGAUCCUCCGCUGGGCCCUUGCCCUGGGGCUGGGCCUCACGUUCGAGGUCACCCAUGCUUUCCGGUCUCAAGAUGAGUUCCUGUCCACUCUGGAGAGCUAUGAGAUUGCCUUCCCCACCCGCGUGGACCACAAUGGGGCACUGCUGGCCUUCUCACCACCUCCUCCCCGGAGGCAGCGCCGGGGAACAGGGGCCACAGCUGAGCCUCGCCUCUUCUACAAGGUGGCCGCACCCAGCACCCACUUUCUGCUGAACCUGACCCACAGCUCCCGUCUACUGGCAGGGCACGUCUCUGUGGAGUACUGGACACGGGAGGGCCUGGCCUGGCAGAGAGCUGCCCGGCCCCACUGCCUCUAUGCCGGCCACCUGCAGGGCCAGGCCGGCAGCUCCCAUGUGGCCAUCAGCACCUGUGGAGGCCUGCAUGGCCUGAUUGUGGCAGAGGAGAAGGAGUACCUGAUUGAACCCCUGCAAGGCAGGUCCAAGGGUCCUCACAGCCCAGAGGAAAGUGGACCCCACGUGGUAUACAAGCGUUCCUCUCUGCGUCACCCCCACCUGGACACAGCCUGUGGAGUGAGAGAUGAGAAACCAUGGAAGGGACGGCCAUGGUGGCUGCGCACCCUGAAGCCACCACCUGCCAGGCCCCUGGAAAAUGACACAGAGCGUGGCCAACCAGGCCUGAAGCGGUCAGUCAGCCGAGAGCGCUAUGUGGAGACCCUGGUGGUGGCUGACAAGAUGAUGGUGGCCUACCACGGGCGCCGUGAUGUGGAGCAGUACGUGCUAGCCAUCAUGAACAUUGUUGCCAAACUUUUCCAGGACUCAAGUCUGGGCAACACCGUUAACAUCCUUGUAACUCGCCUCAUCCUGCUCACAGAGGACCAGCCCACUCUGGAGAUCACCCACCAUGCUGGGAAGUCCCUGGACAGCUUCUGUAAGUGGCAGAAAUCCAUAGUGAACCACAACGGCCACGGCAAUGCCAUUCCAGAGAACGGUGUGGCCAACCAUGACACAGCAGUGCUCAUCACUCGAUACGACAUCUGCAUCUAUAAGAACAAACCCUGCGGCACGUUAGGCCUGGCCCCAGUGGGCGGGAUGUGUGAGCGAGAGAGAAGUUGCAGCAUCAAUGAGGACAUUGGUCUGGCCACGGCGUUCACCAUUGCCCACGAGAUUGGGCACACAUUUGGCAUGAACCAUGAUGGUGUGGGGAAUAGCUGUGGGGCCCAUGGCCAAGACCCAGCAAAGCUCAUGGCUGCCCACAUCACCAUGAAGACCAACCCAUUCGUGUGGUCAUCUUGCAGCCGUGACUACAUCACCAGCUUUCUAGACUCUGGCCUGGGGCUCUGCCUGAACAACCGGCCUCCCAGACAGGACUUUGUGUACCCAACUGUGGCACCAGGCCAAGCUUACGACGCAGAUGAGCAAUGCCGCUUCCAGCACGGAGUCAAAUCGCGUCAGUGUAAAUACGGGGAGGUCUGCAGCGAGCUGUGGUGUCUGAGCAAGAGCAACCGGUGCAUCACCAACAGCAUCCCGGCCGCCGAGGGCACGCUCUGCCAGACGCACACCAUCGACAAGGGGUGGUGCUACAAACGAGUGUGUGUCCCCUUCGGGUCACGGCCAGAGGGUGUGGAUGGAGCCUGGGGCCCGUGGACUCCGUGGGGCGACUGCAGCCGGACAUGCGGCGGCGGCGUGUCCUCUUCCAGCCGUCACUGCGACAGCCCCAGGCCAACCAUCGGGGGCAAGUACUGUCUGGGCGAGCGAAGGCGGCAUCGCUCCUGCAGCACCGAUGACUGUCCCCCUGGCUCCCAGGACUUCAGGGAAAUUCAGUGCUCUGAAUUUGACAGUGUCCCUUUCCGUGGAAAAUUCUACACAUGGAAGACAUACCGAGGAGGCCUGCUCGCUCACGUGCCUAGCUGAGGGCUUCAACUUCUACACGGAGAGGGCAGCAGCAGUGGUAGACGGGACACCGUGCCGCCCAGACACAGUGGACAUUUGUGUCAGCGGCGAGUGCAAGCAUGUUGGCUGUGACCGGGUCCUGGGCUCUGACCUGCGGGAGGACAAAUGCCGAGUGUGUGGAGGGGAUGGCAGUGCCUGUGAAACCAUUGAGGGAGUCUUCAGCCCAGCCUCAGCUGGGGC